GGUGAGUAAGCUGAGAUGAGUUGGUCCAUAACCUCGUUCCUCGCACCUCGCACUUCGUUCCAUCGAUUAUGCUCCGAGCAGCUUGUGCUAUGCGGCAGCCCAACAUGCCAUAUAAGAAGGCAUCGCAUCGGAAAGUUAGAACAGGAUGCAUCCAAUGCAAAAGACGCCGUGUAAAGGUACGGGUUAGCCGCGACGUCAUUCCGCUGCUCUUACACUUCUCAGCUACUGCCGAAGCCAACUGCUUCACCUGCCCCGUCUGGCCACCCCGAGUUUUCUUUCUUGGACUUCAAGCUCCUACAUCACUGGACCAUGUCAACAGCUGAAUCGCUAGCAGACAAUGAGGGUCUGCAGGUGGCAAUGCGGGAUGUUUUACCUCGGCUUGCCAUCGAUCACAGCUGUCUAUUGCAUGCCAUAAUAGCGAUUACAGCGCUUCACCUUACGAGACUUCGGCCACAAGAAAGCGAUUCCUAUAUGCUCUUGGCAACUCACCAUCAAAGUCUUGCUCUUCCCCUCAUUCGCUCGGAACUCGAGUCAAUCAAUGAAGAAAACUGCCACGCCGUCUAUGCAUGCGGUCAUCUUGUGACCAAGUACGCAUUUGCGAGUCCGCGGUCUUCAGAAGCCCAAGUCUUUUCACCGGGAAUGGGAGAAGUAUCCGAAUUCCUCCCCCUCGUCAGAGGUGCCUUUCAAGUAGCCGACCAUUGCCUAGACUGGCUUUUAGCUGGCCCUUUGGGGGCUUCGAUGGAGAAGCCGCUGGACGAAACACCCGACUUAAAUUUAAAUGCUGACGAUGGAUUGUUUGCUCGACUACUGCCAGUUUUGCAAGCAGGUAGAGAUGAAGACGGGGAGGCGUGCUGUGAGGCUCUCAAUGUCCUCCGGAAACUUCUCGCCAUGGCAGCGACACCAGACCAAACAAUUGCUGUAAAGACUCUUGUCUUGUCCUGGCCUGCGCAGAUCUCUCAAAGGUAUAUUGAGUUGAUGAGCGAGAGGAAACCAGAAGCCUUAGUAGUAUUGGCUCAUUAUUGUAUUAUGCUCAAGAUGAUCGACUCGUUCUGGUUCAUGAAGGGGUGUGCUGCCAGACUUUUGGACCAGUGUCGACGAGACUUAAGCAAGAAAUGGCAUCCUCACAUCGAAUGGCCCUUAUCAGUGGUUGGACUGGGUUAA